AUGGAUCGCUUGCCAGACGAGCUUGUAAUUCGUAUCUUCAACUUCCUCGAUGUGGCAGAUAUCGUCAACAUCCAACUCGUCUCCUCCCGCUAUUUAGCUCUCGGCCGUGAUGACACCGUCUGGAAAGAGGAAUGUUUCUCCCAUUCCCGAUCCGAAGCCCGAAGACGUCGACAGCAUCUCUUGGAAAUUCAAGAUGCAAGACUGGCCGAGUUACGGUUCGCCGUGACUGCUCUUCCUGGUGUCGAGAGCAUGCAGGCGGCGAGAGUGACGGAAAGCGUGCAGAGAAGCCGGGCAUUGGUCAACUGGGACCCCGGAUAUCCCACCGAGAAGCUGGACUUUUACCAAGAGUACAUGUCAAGACACGCUCCCGUUCAAAUCGGCUGGUUGAAUCUACCCAAUGGAGGGGCGCGAGAAGCAACAGGAGUGGGAAUCUUACACUCAUCCACUGCCCGACACGCUGUCGCUCCCCUCGAUGAUGGCAGUAUUUGUAUCUGGGACGUCUCCGCUCGGACGACAUCAUCACCCGGCGGCGGCGGCGGACUGCUCGGUCAGAGUGCUCCGGGUCUGCUUUCCGCUCUACCAGGCAAGGAAAGCCGGGCAAUCAUGACGGAAACCGGAGCGGUGGAAUGCGUGUCCAUCGACAGCAGCAGUCGGAAAGGCUACUUUGCAGUCCUCGACCAACUCCACGAGAUCAAUCUCGAUACGCUCCAACUACUCUCUUCCAAGAAGUAUCCUUGGCCCAUCACGGCGCUGUCAUCGUCUGACCCUCAAAAUCCCUUGGCAAUUGGAACCAACAAUACCAUCCAUCUCUACGAUCCUCGAGAUCCAAUCUUCGCCUCAUCAAACACAUCUACAGGCGAACUCAUCGGAGGUUCUCCCUACUCCCACGCAAUCUUGCCCCAACCCGGCCCUCUCUCAAUCCUCAACACCCUCGACGGAGACUCGCUCUAUGUAGCUGGGCGCUUCACCUCCAUCCUCCACUUCUCCCGCAGAUUCUUCCCCCGACUCCUCGGAACAACCUUCAGCGGCGCCCGUAUCGCCGCUCUCGCUCUCUUCCCACAUCCCUUCAUCCCACGAGAACUCGAUCUCGUCCGCAACCCCGCCCUCACCAUUUCAGAAUACACGACCGCGAAGUCUCUCCCCGGUAGCACACUUCUCGCAGCAGCAGAAUACAAAGGUAAAGGAAGUCUCGAACUCUACUCUCUCUCCACCGGCAACAAAUUCUACCAUAACCGACAGACGGCCUCGGCGUCCAAGCUUCUGUCGAUAGCAAACCAUGGAGGAAAAAUCGUCAUUUCCGAUGGCGAUGGGAAUCUCCGCUGGUUUGAACGAGAUGGAUCGUCCCACAUCCGGACCUUUAACAUUCAAGACUCCACCCCCAAACCCUCCGCCUCCGCUCCGACAGGAGGCGGGAUAUGGCAUAACGACAACAACAUCCCAGGCCAAGGAGACAUUGUCCAGAAAAUACUACCGCUCCCGCAUUCCUCCUCUCCUUCGGUGGACGAAAGACCGGAUAUCGGUACCGACAAUCUCCUUCUCUGGACAGGAGAUGGCAGGCUCGGCAUUCUGGGUUUCGGACACAGGGAUCCUUUGGGUGAGAACCGAGGAAUUGUGGAGGGAGAGGUGAAGAGUACGGCUCAGAAAGCCAAAGAGGACGCCGAGAGGAGUUAUGAAGGGGCUAUGAGAAGGGCGCUGGAGAGGAACGCUGAUGAGGUGCGCUUUGUGAGGGGUUUGGGGAUGGGGUAUUAG